AUGGGAACUGAUACUUGUGAAGUGGUAGAGCCAUUACCAGAUCCCCGCUCUUUUAAGGUACAUCGUAGAUUAUGCACAGAACUCAGGAAAUUAGUUGCUAGAGUCCUAAGGAUAUUUCCGCAGAUAGAGGAAACGCGCCCUAGGUCCUCAUCAGGAAUAGCAGCUCUGUGUUUGCUGACUAGUACACUUGAUAAAGCCAAACAACUUCUGCAAAAUUGCUCUGAAUCUAGUAUACUCUACCUGGCAAUAACUGGGGAGUCGAUACUGUCAAAAUGUCAAAAGGCAAGAAAGUCAUUAGAGAAAAGCUUAGUCCAGAUUCAGGAUAUAGUUCCUGUUAUGUUGGCUGCAGAGAUUUCUCGAAUAAUUGGUGAUCUUAGGUGUGUGACAUUUGCCCUGGAUUCUGUUGAUGAAGAGGCUGGAAGGGUUAUGAGAGAGUUGCUCCAGCAAGGUCCUUCAACCUCAGAUAACGAUUCAAAGGAAAAUUCAGACAUUAAAUCUCUCCAGUUUGUGGCGGCGAGACUUAAUAUUACAUCCGCAACAACCAUCAUAAUAGAGAUUAGAUCUAUUAGGAAGUUAUUACAGAAACUUGGACCAAAAGAGGAAAAUAAAAUGACGAUCUUGAAAAAUCUUUUGUAUCUUCUGAUAACGCAUAGGAAGUCAAUCAUAGGAGAACAAAUGGAGGUCUAUUCUCGUCCUGAUGAACCAGCGACAACUGAGAACUCUGAGCCGUAUUUGAACCAUGAUCACUAUGAAACUCCUGCAAGUGAGUUGAGUAGAGUUGCACCCCCGGAGGAAUACACAUGUCCUAUAUCUUUAAGGUUGAUGUUUGACCCUGUUGUCAUUGCUUCGGGAGAAACAUGCGAAAGGAUGUGGGUACAGAAAUGGUUUGAUGAGGGUAAUGUUAUAUGCCCGAAAACGAAAAAGGAAUUGCUGCACAUGUCAUUGACUCCCAAUGUUGCUUUAAAGGAGUUAAUAUCAAAAUGGUGCAAAGCUAAUGGAGUCUCCAUUCCUAACCCAAGCAGACAAGUAGAAGACAUUCGCUCGUGGGAAGCAUCCGUCACUUCCAUUAGGAGUUUUGGAAGUUCCAUGAAUGGUUUGAAUUUGCCAAUGGAUAUUAGUAACAUGUCACUUGGAUCGUUAGAUAACAGUUACAAUUCAGAUUCCUCAUUUGUGAAGGCUAGUCAUGGCUUAAAUUCGAUGUUGGUCAAGACUAGAGGUGGGUCUCGCGACCAGAAAUCACAUUCACAGAUACAUGACACACAUUUGACGCACUUGUCUAAACUUCACGAGCGUCUAUGGGAUUUGCAAUGCCAAUUCGUCGAAGAUAUGAAAAUAGAUUUCAAAUGCAAUUACCAAGCCUUUUGCUCUACGUCGUCAACUGAGAAUUUUAUUGACCCCCUUGUGAGAUUUCUGAGAACUGCAUAUGAUAAGCAUGACACAAAAGCUUUGAGAAGUGGAAGUGAGUUACUAUUGGAAUUUACAAAAUACUGCAGAAAUGGUGUGACAAACUUAAGCGAAGAUACUUGCAGUGUGUUGGCAAGUCUCCUAGAGUCAGAAGUGAUUGGCGAAGCUCUUGCCAUACUGGAAGUUUUGUCAAACCAUUGGUCUGAUAAAGCUAACAUUGCAGCUUCCAGUGCACUGACCUCUUUUUCAAAGAUCCUUGAUUCUGGUAACAAAGAGUACCACCGGAAAGCUAUUAGAAUAAUGCGCAAUUUUUCUUCCAGUGCCUCACUUUGUUCUUACAUGGUAUCUCUUGGGUGCAUCUCAAAAGUAUUACCAUUUUUUGAAGACAAGUACCUCUCAAGAGACUGUAUAUGUAUACUGAAAAACCUUUUCGAUACUGAAGAUGGUAGGGUUUCUGUUGUUGAAACAAAGGGAUGCAUGUCAUGUGUUGUUGAAAUACUUGGGUCUGGCACUGACGAGGAAAAGGAACCGGCACUGGCUAUUGUACUCUCUUUGUGUUCUCAACGCUUGGAUUAUUGUGAGUUGGUUAUGCACGAGGGUAUCAUACCAUAUCUUGUAAAUAUCUCCAAUCUGGGAAACGAUAGCACAAAGGCGAAGGCAUUGGAACUACUCCGACUUUUGAGGGAUGUCGAGUACGAAAGUUGCUUUGAGCCAAAUCCCAACAACUCUCGAGAUCAUAACGAAAUCUUUGAAGAAAAGAAACCAUCAAAGAAACCCGCGUUUUUUAAGAAACUGUCACAGUUGGGAAAAUCAAGUCCAGUUGCAUCAAAAAACAAGAGAUGA